UGCCGUUUGUCACGUCUUUGAGUACAUGCUGCCCAUCCCCUUUGUUUUCAUUUGCAAAGCUGUUUUUCAACUUUGGUAACUGUGAUUUGGACAAGUCUGGGAGAUGUAUUAACAUACCUAUUGUUAUAACUUUACCAAUUGAUCAGCAGCGCCACCCUGGUGCUCCUCAGGGUGAGUUUCAGCUCGUCCCAAGAUUAGAUGAAUUGAUCUCUUUCAUGGAGUCCACUUGGAGUGUCUCUGAGAAAGCCAUAUUGUUUCAUGUGUUAAUUAUGAUGCCUUUACCUCAACAGAAUGAUCAAUACUGUGGUGUGAUUCAAGGAGGGGACUGUGUUUAAUUUACACUGAAUGACCCACUGACUGUCUACAGAUAAGUGGUAAUGUUAUUGUUACUAACUGAAAGUUUGUUGAAAUACAGUAUCAGUCCUUUAUGACAUUGUACUUUACAAUUAUUUUUAUACAACUUGCAAUAUUAAAGGGAGAUAUUAAAACAUCACAAUGGAUAGUAGACACAGUAGAAAUUAUUUGAUUAGAUUAUUGCAUGCCCUAAAUCUAAUUAUGAAGGCCUUAGCUGAAUGAUCACAGGAAACCCUUUGUAAAUCAAUGGUUAUACACAAGGCAGUUCAUUGGCAUACAUGCAUUUUCUCUUUUAAUGGUUUAAACUAAAUGAACUGUAUUAAAUAUACAUACAUUUAUAUAUACUGUACAUGAAGUUGAAGAAUGAGGUGUAACAAACACGUGAGCAAAUUCAAAUUGACUACAGGUUAUACCAGUGGGUUAAAUGAACCCCUCUAUAGAUUCUGUCCAGAGGGCUUGGUUCGAUUGCCUCCUGUGUGAGGACAUAGGCCCCGCUUUUUUCCCUGGUUCAGUGAGCAUGCAGCUGUUAAAUCAGGCAUAAUGCAAAAUCAAACCACCCUGCAGUCAGUCAUACAAUCCUGCUCAUGAGCCAUGAUGCCAUUAUUCUGUAGCCAGACACUGAGGGAGACAAACGUGUUCGUGGUAGAUAUACAAACAAUCCAACAAGUAGAGUCUUUGCUAAAAUGCGUGGAAAUUUAUAUUUAGUUGAUACUUUUAGAGACAGGAACUAACUUACAACACUACCUUAGUGUAUUCAGAAUGACAGAUUAUUGCCAGGUCUGAAGUGAUGGACUUUACAGCUCACAUCUACAGAUAAGUGGCAACGUUGCAGAGAAACAUAUUGUUAGAAAAAAAGGGAAGAGCCUCAGAGAGGGGAAAACAGCUGAGUACCAACACGGACCAAUAUCACUGCUUCCUGUACACCAACCAGUACAGCAUUCACAGCAUACCAUCAGGAAAGAGACAGGUGAUGGAGAUGUUUUUUAAGCCCGUUCACAGCCCUUCUACCCUGGAUGAGAUCAAGCCAAGGAGGCACCACCACCAUCACCAGUAUCACCAUGACUCACAGUCACACAGGUCGGAUGGGUCAUCCCCGUCUGCUAGGUACACACUGUUGGAUGAUACAGACAAAAGUGCAAAUGAAAGACAUGAGCACUCCCACCACCAUCAUCAUGGUCACCAUCUCCACGACAGCCCUCACCACGAGGCUCACCGUCGUCAUCACACACACCAACUUCCCCACAGUGAAGAGGAUGAGAUACAUUACAACCACCACACCCCAGUAACCCUCUCUAGGUCCUCAUCCUCUUCCCUUUCUUCAUCUCCUUCCUCCACCUCCUCUUCUUCCUGGUACACAGAGGCAAGUGCAAAUAAUCCUUUCUCUGUACUCCAUGCUGCGCGGCCACAGCAUUCCCUAUCUUGCUCCAACAUCUUAGAUGUCCGCAGAGGUUUUCAGGAAGAUGACAGCAGUGAGCCUGUUGUCUUUGCCUCCAUUAAACAUGGCACAAAGGGCAGUGUUUCUCAUGAGAUUCAUGGAAGCUCUCAACAAAGGCAUGUUUAUUCUUCUCUUGACCGAGGUCACAGCAGAAGUGAAGAAGGCCCUCUAAAUGAAAUAAAUAAAGAGUGUGAUCUUGAGGGAGAAUACUCCAGGUCAUCACACAUGAACGGGCCGUUGUACAAGACAGCUAGUCUAAACCGAAGUCUGGCUUUCAGUGAGGAGGACAUUUUGCUUGGGGUCUCCAGAGGCCCCAAAAAAGCAGUGUCGUCCAGUCAGCUACCCAGCAAGGGGAUCCUCAAGAACAGGGAACGUCCUACUGACAUUCGCAAGGCAAAGUCGAUGGAGGUGCUGUCGCCAAGAGUUUCCAAAACACAAGAUCUGAAAGGACAGAAGGAUAAAGGGGUCACUCAAGCUGAGAUAGAGCAAGCCAGGUCCAAUUUUGUCCAAGGAAAGUUGCAGUUCUCUGCAUUUCUAGAUGAGAUAACAAAACAGGUUAUAAGUCCAUCAGACCUCACCAUAUUGGGUGUGAACAAAAGCAAAUCAGCAAGGAAGUCACUUGCUCCAGGACUUCAGACAGAUAGUCCAAUCAAACCUCAGCUCCCACCCAAGAAGCACAGAGAGAGCUCAGGAGAUGAGAGGGAGCAGCAUCCGAAACAUCAAAACAGACAGGAAAAAUUGGCUUGCACUGGCACUCAGAAUCAACUAGACUUCUCCAGUCCUGAUAAACUAAUCUCUUAUUCAGCUAGAAGCCAUGAUGGUAGCCCACCCCCUCAUACCCUGCCUUAUUCCACCAACCAUAACGCUCACCAUGGAAGCAGGCAUAAAAACAGGAAGCCAUCGCCCACUGGAGGUUCUGUGCAAAGAGACAGGUUUGGUAGAUCUGGAUCUCACUUUACUGAUGGCACCAGCAACAGCCCUGAGCCCAGCCAACCCCAACAACGCCACCACCGCCAAAAGCAUCCCACUGCCUCCCACCUUCCACACACUCAACAUUUCCACCAGACCCCACCUCAGCAUGUGUACCCAGAUUCUGGACACCAAAGACCUGCCAGCGCCUCAUCAUCCUCAGCCCAGUGUGCAGGAGCAGGCCAUGGGUCUGAGUCUUCGUCUACUAAAUCGGAUUCAUCCAGGGCCAGAGAUACGGCUUCCACGGCCACCAGUCACAGUUCAGAGAAGAAUGGCAGACACCACUCACACAUGGGCAUGGGCCACUCUAAACAAUGCAGGGACACACUGUGUGAGGCCAAUCAUCUCCAGGUGUUGCAGGAAGAGAAUGCAGAUCUUCAGCAGAACCUGCUGCAGACAGUUGUUUGCAUUGAGAGCCUGGAGGCGGAGUUGCAGAGAACCAGGGAUGAGCUCAGUCACGUCAAGGAGAAAUAUAAAAGUCUUCUGGAGACGCACAGUGGAACCAAGCAGGCCAAUGACCUGCUGGGUGAACACCUUCACAUAGCGUCAGAGAGUCUGAACAGUGAGAGGAAGCUCCUGUUAAAUCGCGUGUCCCAGCUGAGUUCAGAGUUGGAGGCUUCUCACAGGACCAUCGCUGCCCUAGAGAACAUCAAUGUGCCGUGCUUGAUAAAAGAUUUAUUAGAGAAGCACUUUUCCUCAGCGGAGUCCAUACAGAAGUUUGUGAGAGCCUCUGCUCCAAUCAGCUGUUCUGCCACCUCUCCACAAGGAGACGGCCGAUCCCACACAACAAAAGGGGAUGAAGAGUCACAUGAUCGGCUGACAAGCCCAGAGACAGGUCCUCAGAGAGUCACUGCUUUCAUGCCAUUUAAACACGGGGUGCCAAAAACAACAGCUGAGGCCAGUCUCUCAAAUCAACAUGAGUCCACCCACAGCCAACCUGACAUCAGCACUGCUAUAUAUAAGAAAAUGGCUGCUGGUUAUGCAGCGAGACCAAAACCUCUUUAUCCCCAAAUUCAGCAGCAGCAGCAGCCUCUUGUGGGCACUUACCAAUGUGACACCCCUCCAAACCUUCAGCCAACCAAUGUGGGUGGUGAAUUUUGGGGCGGAGAGGGAGGAGUGAAGGUAACACUUUUAGAGCAUGACAUUGUAGAUGUGACCUCCAUGACAGCCCAGCAGAUCUUGAAUGAUUUCAUGGAGCAGCUGCAGGUCCAUAAGGACGUGGGUGGGGGAACAGGGCCACAUGUCAAGCAGGAGUGGGUGGGAGGAGCGAAACAAACAGGCAAAAUGGCAGAUUGAAAAUUUCAGCCAACAACGUGGCUGAAGGAUUAUAUAUUCAUUAAAAAAAACCUACAUCUUUUGUAACAAGAAAAGUAAGAUGCAAAGAGCCCAGUUUGUGUAACACUUUAACACACUGAACAACCAAUAUAGAAAUAUAGUUUAAUUUCAAUCAGGUAUUUAAGAACAGUUCCCUCUAAAACUGUCAUUCUCUCCCAUAUUUACAGAGCGUAUGUUAAUCAUAUUAUAUAUUACCUAUGAUAUACACACAACAAUAGUGAGAAUUGGUUUCUGUCUUUAAUAAUAUUAAAGAUUUAAUGCAAUAUUCUGUGUUUAAUGAUUAUGUUUCAAAGAGAGUUUAACGAUACGGGGUACAGUACUGAGCUCCUUAGCUGCAGAUGAUCGUAGACUAUAUUGAUAUAUAUGAUAAAUAUGAUUAUGUUAACUCCUGUUGCCAUGGUAGAUUUUAGAUUUUAUGCAAUUCAGCUGUGUGUAUCAAUUGAUUCAAUAUUAUUAACACUAAUACCGGCUAGACUUUUCAAGUAUAGAACUAUGUUGAGAGACUCACUCACACUACAUAGAAAUUAGUGUUAAAAUUAUCUAAUAAUAAAUGUUUUUUUUUCUUUGUAAUUGUUAGUUUUUAAUGAAUGGAAUAACUUUUGAACUACACAAAGCAGAGUGUUAAAAUAUUUUCAGGACAUACCAAACCAACAUUUUCUUUAAAAGUUCAAAUCUUGCAUUGAAUAUAAUUUUAAGUUGGUGUGAAAUUACUACAUUUUCUGUGUAGAUAUAAUUUAUUUACCCCAUGUUUCUGUAUAUAAUACACAAGUAUAAAAAUGUUUAAAUGUUAGACUUUUGAAAUAGUAGGAUGUUCAGGGGUUAAAGGUUAGGCAGAGCACAAAUGUACAUUUCAGAUUCAGUGUUGCAUUUCUGUAAAUUUGAUGUGAUAAUGUAGAUUAACUAAGGUUUAACAGCAGCGUAUUAAUAUUAUUUCAAUGUGUAAGACCCUCUGAUCUAUGCACCUGUGACUCCUGUUAGUCUUCCUUGAUUGAAUUUGUAAGUGUGUCAUUGCAGCUGUUCCACCAAUAAAAACGUAUUUGACUUAU